AGACAUCUGGGUGAAUUGUAGAAAAGCUACAGAAAUUAAUGACUCCCAUUGCUUUAACAAUUGCAGCACCUAAGUGACAUCCAUGUAGAAAGUGUCCUAAGUUACACUGGUGAUGUGAGGAAAGCUUGAGAGAAGACCAGGAGUAUCUUUUGUGUGCCUGAGGAGGAUAUCUGAUGCCACAUUCCACCUGCAUCUCACCUGGGCAUCUCUUUCCCUGCUUGGCACCUGAGACUGAGACUCUCGUGUGCCACCUUGCGGCCAGAGGCGGCAUCACUCACCAAUCUCAGUCUGGAGCCUCCCUUCUGCAAAGCCAGCCUGAAGGAGGAGGAGGAAGGCAGCUGCAGCAUCAUCAGCAUCAGCAUCAGACCAAGGGUGGGCCAAGGAUGUGCCAUCCAUGGGAUUGCUCUGGCUCCUCUCAUCCCUCCAUUCUGCUUUCUUCAGGGAGGAGUCAAUGGAGGAGCUGAAGAUGUCUGGGUCUAUCGCAUCCUACGACCAACUGGUUAGGCAGGUGGAGGCACUGAAGAAAGAGAACACACACCUCCGCAGGGAACUGGAGGACAAUUCCAACCAUCUCUCCAAGCUUGAAAAUGAAACCUCAGAUAUGAAGGAAGUUUUGAAGCACCUGCAAGGCAAGCUAGAACAGGAGGCCAAGGUGAUGGUGUCUUCAGGUCAAAUGGAGGUUCUUGAUCAGCUGAAAGCCCUCCAGAUGGACAUCACCAGCUUGUACAACCUGAAGUUCCACUCGCAGGCCAUGAUCCCAGAGCCUGUAUGCCAGGGCCGCCACAGCCCUGAGGAUAGCCCAGCCCAUUCAGCCACGCUCCAGAGAAAGGAUAGCAUCGGAGACCUGAGCCGGGCCACAAUCCGACUUCUUGAAGAACUUGACAGAGAGAGGUGUUUCCUUCUGGGUGAAAUUGACAAGGAGGAAAAGGAGAAAUUGUGGUACUACACUCAACUGCAAAGUCUUUCGAAGAGGCUGGAUGAGCUGCCGCACGUGGAGACAUUUUCCAUGCAGAUGGACCUGAUCCGCCAGCAACUGGAAUUUGAAGCUCAGCAUAUCCGGACUCUCAUGGAAGAGCGCUUUGGGACAACCGAUGAGAUGGUGCAAAGGGCACAGAUUCGUGUGUCUCGACUGGAACAGAUCGACAAAGAGCUGAUGGAGGCUCAAGACAAGGUGCAGCAGUCAGAACCCCAGCUUAGUGGUAAACUGCUGAACAUGGAAGGAGAGAGCAACGUCGAGAUCCCAACUCAUCCAGAAGAAGCAGAGAACCAGCCUGGCGGCAACAAGGUAGAAAUGGUUUUCUGGCUCCUCUCCAUGAUGGCCACGCGGGACAAAGAGGACAUGUCCCGCACGUUGCUAGCCAUGUCAAGCUCUCAAGAGAGCUGCCUGGCCAUGCGGAAGUCGGGGUGCCUCCCGCUCCUCAUCCAGAUCCUCCACGAUAUGGACCAGGAACCAGGGGUGACGGAGAGUCCCGGGGUGACAGGGAAGGACUGCCGCAUGCGGGCCAAUGCCGCCCUCCACAACAUCAUCUUCUCCCAGCCAGAUGAAGGGCAGGCCAAGAAGGAGAUGAGGGUUCUCCAUAUUUUGGAACAGAUUCGCUCCUAUUCAGAAACUUGCUGGGAUUGGCUGAAGAUGCACAAGGAAGGGAUCAAGACCCAGGAGAAAGCAGCAGGUCCUGUUCCCAUUGAGCCACAGAUCUGCCAAGCAACCUGUGCCACCAUGAAGCUCUCCUUUGAUGAAGAGUAUCGUCAUGCCAUGAACGAACUGGGUGGUCUCCAGGCCAUUGCUGAGCUGCUCCAGGUGGACUAUGAGAUGCAUGGAAUGACCAAUGACCCCCUCAACCUGGCCCUCCGGCGUUACACUGGCAUGGCCCUGACCAACCUCACUUUUGGAGACAUAGUCAACAAGGCAACCUUGUGUUCUCGCCAGAGAUGCAUGCAAGCCAUUGUGGCUCAGUUGGCGUCCGACAGCGAGGAACUGCACCAGGUUGUGUCUAGCAUCCUGCGAAAUCUCUCCUGGAGAGCUGACAUCAAUAGCAAGAAGGUUUUGAGGGAGGUGGGAAGCGUCACGGCGCUGAUGCAGUGCGCCUUAAGGGCCACCAAGGAAUCCACAUUGAAGAGCAUCCUCAGCGCCUUGUGGAAUCUGUCUGCCCACAGCACCGAGAAUAAGGCUGCCAUUUGCGGGGUGGAGGGGGCCCUUGGCUUCCUGGUGAGCACCCUCACAUACAAGUGCCAGAGCAACUCGCUAGCCAUAAUUGAGAGCGGAGGAGGUAUCCUCAGGAACGUCUCCAGCCUUAUUGCCACACGGGAAGAUUACCGGCAAGUUCUGCGGGAUCACAGCUGCCUCCAGACCUUGCUCCAGCACCUCAAGUCUCACAGCCUCACCAUUGUCAGCAAUGCCUGUGGCACCCUCUGGAACCUCUCAGCCCGCAGCUCCAAAGACCAGGAGCUGUUAUGGGACCUGGGGGCGGUCAGCAUGCUCCGGAACCUGGUCCACUCCAAGCACAAGAUGAUUGCCAUGGGCAGUGCAGCUGCCCUCCGGAACCUUCUUGCCAACCGGCCCCUCAAGUACAAAGACACCAUGGUCAUCUCACCAGGUUCCUGCAUGCCCUCGCUCUACAUGAGGAAGCAGAAAGCACUAGAAGCUGAACUGGAUGCCAAGCACUUAGCUGAAACCUUUGACAGCAUAGAGAAGCAGACACUGAAGAGCCAAAGCACCAAGAAGCCAAUGAGGCACAUAGACAGCUUGGCAAAGGAUUAUGCUUCUGAUUCAGGUUGUUUUGAUGAUGACGAAGUGCCCAAUGUCUCCAGUGGUGUGGAAACAGGAAACACAUCAGUCCUCUCCAUGUUCCUCAACUCCUCCUUCCUCCAAGGCCAGGCUUUGCCUAGAGCCAUUGCCCAAAGGAGAGGCCCAGAGCCAGAAAAGGAUGAAAGUGGAAAGCCAACAGAAGCCAAGAAGGGCCCUCCACUCCUUUUGCCUCCAGACAAUGAAGUCUCCAUGGCAGCCGAGAAACUGGCCAACAAGAUCUCCACCACCGUAGCUAAGAUUGACAAGCUGGUGGAAGACAUCUCCACUCUCCAUACCUCUUCUGAUGACAGCUUCAGCCUCAGCUCAGAGGACCAUUGUCUUGACUGGCAGCUUGGCUCUGAUGAAGUCCAUGAGGCUCGUGCUCAGUCAUGCUCACCAUGCCGGUUGUCUGAUACCAGUGGGUUUGUCAAGCGGGAAGAUCUGAGCCGGGCUCACCCUCUCUUGAGGCUUAAAACCACCCACACCAGCUUGUCCAAUGAUAGCCUCAAUAGUGGGAGCACCAGUGAUGGCUAUUGCACCAAGGAGCACAUGAAACCAUGCACCAGGACCACUUUCUUAGAUUUCAGGGAUGAACUGCAUCGCUAUCAGAAGCGGCCCAGCCGCCUUGACUUGAAGAACAUCCUGAUGAAUCGGCCAGAGAAGAUGGAACAACCAGCAAAGACACUUCCAGAGCCCAGAGAGGUUGUAGAGAAACCAAAACCUCUUGAGAAGGUGAAGCAAGCUGCGGCUUCAUCCAGUGCUAUUGCUGCUGAGAAGGAAAAGAAAUAUGAACAGAAAGAGGCGAGCAAUGAGCUCAAUCCUGACCCAAAGGUCCACACAAUUAAGCUCUCCCCAUCAUACCAGCAUGUCCCCCUCAUGGAAAGCAUGGACAAUGGCAACACAGUGACUGGGACCGUGGGACAGUUGAAGAGCAAAUCUUAUUACUCAGCUCUGUCAGAUCACCUAAACAAGAUUCCAGAGAAGCUCCAAGUCAAGGUACUGGGACAGGGAGAACCAGAGCAGCUGCAGAAAUACUCUGUGGAGGACACCCCAAUUUGCUUUUCCAGAUGCAGUUCCCUUUCAUCCCUUUCCUCAGCUGACAACAUGCUGGAUGGCCAGAGCCACAGUGAGAAUGACAUGGACAGUGACUCCUCUCUGGAGAUCAUUGAAGUAGAGCAAGUUGAUGAACCCCACAAAGAAAAUGAAGAUGUCAAAACCAAAAUCGAGAUGGAAAGCCUACCUGCUGCCUCGCGGCCAAUCACUAUCCCCUUACCCAAAAAGGAGAAGAUAUUCCUUCGGGGAGUAUCACCAUCCCGACAUGAAGAUUUGACCCCUUCCAGCUCCUCAGAGAACUACAUCCAGGAAACACCCUUAGUAAUGAGCCGCUGCAGCUCAGUCAGUUCACUGGGCAGUUUUGAGAGCCCUUCCAUUGCCAGCUCAAUCCAAAGCGAGCCCUGCAGUGAAAUGAUCAGUGGCACCGUCAGCCCGAGUGAGUUACCAGACAGUCCUGGGCAAACCAUGCCACCCAGCCGCAGCAAGACACCUCUGUUUGAACUGAAUGGCCAACCAGAGAAGGAGGCCAGCCAGUUCAACAUUCAGUGGGAAAACAAUGUCAAGAAAUUCAUGGAGAUUACUGACUUUAAGGAGCGUUUCCAGAUGCCACAAGAUCUUGACUCUAUGGUCUACUUCACUGUGGAGAAGCCCAAUGAGAACUUUUCUUGUGCUUCCAGCUUGAGCGCAUUGCCCCUCCAUGAGCACUAUGUCCAAAAGGAUGUUGAGCUGAAGCUCAUCCCCCCAUUCCCAGAAAAGAAUGGCUUGAACUUCAUGGCCCACGAGAAGAGAGAAGAAGAGAAAGCCAGUGAGAGUCAGAGGAAGCCAGAGAGACUCGAACUGACAUCUGACGAAGACAUUGAGAUCUUGAAAGAAUGCAUCAACUCUGCCAUGCCGUCUCAUUUCCGGAAGGUCCGUACUUCUCUUGUCUCUGGCUUACCAAGCCAGAUUUUGAACCCACAGUCCAAGAAGCCGUUGCACCUUCCUGUCUACAUGCUGGUCCCUGCCAAUUCUCAUUUGAAUAUCUCCAAACAUAGACGAGCUGCUGUUGCCAGAGCAAACAAGGACUAUAUUGGUGAUGAGGAUUCCUUCACAGACUCAGCAGAAGGAACCCCGGUCAACUUCUCUAGCGCUGCUUCCCUGAGUGAUGAGACCCUUCAGUAUCCAAUGAAGGAGGAGAGGGAGUCAAAGCAUUGUUCUGGGAAAAGAAGGGAACCAACAGGCCUAAGGGGAGUAGGAAUCAAGAUGGAGGCAAGGCAGCCUGAGCGAGGUGACCCUCGUGUAGGAAAAGUGACAUCCAGUCAUUCAACUCCAACCAAAAUGGUUUCCUCCUACAAGCACAGGUCUGGGUCUAAUCACACCAGUCCACUCCGUACAGGCAGGGCCCAGUCCUCUGAGUCGAGGCGAGGGCACGUUCCUCUCAAAAACCUGGAGCUCACCCUUGUGAAGCAAGGCAGCCUGAGGGCUUCAUCUGAGGGAAGCCGUCCCAGGAAGGAAGGCUCUAGAGAGAACAGUGGACAUGACAGCAACAUGGCCUUCCAGUCCUUCUGCCACACCACGCCGACCGAAGAGGCUGUCUACUGUUUCUAUGAGAAUGAUUCAGAUGACCUGGCAGAAAUGGGCAUGAAGAAUUCACCCAAAAGAAAGGCCAGCGCAGCUGGGAAAAGUCAAAAGAAAGAAUGCUGGGUGACCAAGAAAGAACCUGAGUUAAGUUCUAGGCAGCAGACUCCUCAGGGUAAAACCAAGAUGGUUUCAAAGCAGCGCAGCAAUCUCAUUGUGGAUGAGACUCCGCCGUGUUAUUCACUCAGCUCUUCCCUCAGUUCCCUGAGCGAUCUGGACAUCUGCAACGCCGAAGAGAGAGGGCAACUGUAUAGCAGGAGGGGCCCCCACCGCCCAUUGAUGCUCGCCCGCAGGCAUGAUUUGAGAAUGGCCUUGUCAAAAGGGAGGGACAGCUCAGCCAGUUCCCUCAGUUACAAUUCAGAAGAUGACCUCUUGCAGAAGUGUAUGGGCUUGGCUGUGCCCAAGAAGAGACGCCACUCAGCAAAGAGGAGGAACACUGAGAAAGAGAGGAAGGGAAACAAGGCCAAGGAGUGGAGGUCUGAGACCACACUGGAUGACCAAGCCUCCGAAAGAGGUUCUGACCUGGAUAGCGUGGAUUGGAAAGCCAUUCAGGAAGGAGCAAACUCAAUUGUCACAUGGCUGCACCAAGCGUCCUCUUCCUUUGGGAGAGAGCUGUCCUCAGAAUCGGACUCCAUCCUCUCCUUCAUGUCUGACCUCUCAGCAGGCUCCUCUCUGCAGCUGUCACUGAACAGGAAAGACAAGAAGAGAGGGAAGAAGUUUUCUGGUAGUGGGUAUUUGGAGAAGAAAGAGUGUCCCAGGACUUUCCAAAAUGGGAAGAAGCUGGUGGAAACCAGAACUGGGAGCAGCGGGAAUGGCCAGCCAGAUAAAAACACAGGCCAGCAGACACCAUUGACCAAUUUACCAGUGGUCUUCCGUGGCAGAACAGUGAUCUACAUGCCCAAUGUGGCCAAAGAGUCACAGACGCAGAGCCCCAGGUCCACCCCAAAGAAAAUGGGACCCGUGACAAAGCUGGAAUCUCCCGUGAAGAAUGGGAAUCUGAACCAGCAGAGAUCCAGGAGUCUGCACAGGCCUGGAAAGAUCUCAGAGAUAGUGAACCUCUCCUUGCCCAAACGGAGUGCGACACCACCCGCUCGAAUCACCAAAGCUCCUUCUUCUGGCUCCUCCAGGACAUCCACGCCAUCCCAGCCCAAUCAAAAGAAGCUGACAUCACCAUCACAACAGCAGCCCAACAGACAGGCAUCGUCUUGUGAAACUGGGAAGGCAGAUGGGAACUCCACCCCUCCUGGUUCAAAACUGGCCCAGAAAUCGCCCGCAUCAAAGCAACACAAGACCCAGAAAUCGCCCGUGCGCAUCCCCUUCAUGCAAAAACCUGUAAAGAAGACUUUACACAGGAAUACCAUGCCUGUGUUGGAGGAACAGGUGGGACGAGGUCGCAGUGCGGGCAGUGAGCCCAGACCCAAGGCCAAUGGAAAAGGCACCCUUCAGUCCAGCCAUCUCAAUUUGGUCCGGGUCUCCUCGGCAAGAUCGGCCAGCAGCAAGACUGACCACUCGGGCUUCCUGCGGCAGCUUACUUUCAUUAAGGAAUCCUCCAGCCUCCUCAUGAGGCACCGCACUGAACUCUCCUCCUCUGAGCCCACACCGUCCUCCUCCCUCUCACAAGGUGUUUCUCCUCGGAGAGGAAGGCUUGGUCUUCCGACGGUCUUCCUCUGUUCAUCCAGAUGUGACGAACUCAAAGCGGACAAGCCCCUGGGCCCGGGCCAGAGGCCAACCAUCUCCCGGGUGCCUCUUCCCAGCCAGAGAGGCUCGGCAGGCAACAGGCCUCCAAGGCGGACCAGUUCAGAAAGCCCUUCGAGGCUUCCAGUUAAAACAAAUAACAUCCCUCCAGAGCCCUUCAAGCGCUAUUCUUCAUCCCCUCAGAUUAAUAUCAUUAAGAGGGCAGCCAGCCCAGCAUCUGCCCCUCCAUGUUGUGCCGGAUCGCUAGUUGGGAGAAAGAAGAGCGAGGAAGGCUUAAAAGCACCAGUGCCUCCUGCUCCAGGAAUGCCAGAGAAACAUCCAGAAGAAGAGCAUCAACAGCAGCAGCAACAACAACAACAGCAACAGCCACCUAUGGUGAGGGGGAUGUGGAAGAGAAUCCGUGAUGAAGAUAUCCCCCAUAUCCUGAAAAGCACUCUUCCACCAACUGCCCUACCUCUGGUUAACACCUUGAAGGAAGAAGAGGACCAGCUAGCCCAGAAAGCUCUCCAGAGGAAGACCAGCGAUGCCGUUGUCCAAACAGAAGACUUCUCCACUGCCAAGACCAACUCCAGCACCUCUCCGACGCUCGAGACCCCACAGGAGAUGCCCAAGAUAUCGUCAGAUGGCUGCAAGGGGGAUGGCUAUGGUUCAGGCAAAGCCACAGCUGUGCCCAUCUCUCUAACUCAUGAAGGGCCCAUCAGCUCUCUUGGGAACUUCCCUCCCAGCAGACACAGCUCACCAAGCCGAGCAGCUCGGGUGACCCCUUUCAACUACACCCCCAGCCCCAUGGCGGAGCCAACGGUCAGCGACAAACAGGUGGAGAAAGUGCAGGUUUGACGGCCUACCAAGUUGGUCUUUGUAAGCUGCUGAGAUGUAUGUCACGCUCGUCUCUCUGUACAAAUGCAAAAGCUCCUAUCCACCAAGUAUUUUUUUUACAAUACAUUUUUCUUUUCACCUCCUGCUCUUAUAACAAACUAAGGAGGAACUCUGAUGUUACAUGUUAACAUAAAUGUGCUUGAACAGUUUCUUAUGAAAAGGACAGAAAAGCAUAAUGGUGACCAAUAUUUAUUCCCUUUCUUUCUUUCUUUCUUUCUCUUCAUUCUUUCUCUCUCUCUCUGUCUGUCUUUCUCUCUUUUCUUUCUUUCUGUAUUUUGGAACCAUUUACCCACUGGAGGCUUUCGGUGAACUCACAGUGUUUGUAACCCACAGUAACUUCAGGUGUACAAUGCCACCCAUCCACAUUGUUCUGUUGGCAUUGGUGCUGCACCAGAAACAUUGGAGGAAGCAGGGAGAGGUCAAUAUAAAAAGAAGCAUUUUCCUCAGACUCUUAACAUAGAGAUAAAGAAGUUUGAAAGGUAAAGUCCUUCCAGCAGAAAAAACCUCUUAGAUUCAUACCUCCUGCACUGAAUUUGAUGUGAUGCUUCCCAGUGCCAUCUCCAGGUACCUUGGGUUUCCAAGACUGUGCCUCUUUUCACAAGCAGAGGGUCUGAUGUUGCUGUUUCCUUUUAAAUUUUGUACAAACCCACCCAGAAUGGUCACUCUGUUUUGAAAAUGGCUGCCUUGCACUGACAAUAUUGGCAAAUGGGACGUUGCAGACUCUAAUCCCUUAUCCCACAUGAAAGUCACCCACUUUCUUGAAAGACUUGGUGGUGUUUCCAGAUCUGAAAAGUCUCGCAAAGGCCCUUUAAGGAUGCCUGUGGAUGGGGAAAAAGUCCCUGGGCAUAUUGAGAGUCGCCAGUUAUUUUUGUUUUGAUUGUACCUGCAAUUCACCAGCUUGCAUCCAAUCUCUUUCUUGAAAUAUCAGAGAUUUCUUUCCCUCCCUAGCUCCGUCCCUUGGGUCCUUCCUCCCACUGAUCAUCUGUCACAUCCAGUCUCAUGCAACAUUUCAGAAAUUGAUUUUCCUUUUAAAAUGAUCCUUCAGGAGUUACAAAGUGCUGAAGUGCUUUAGCAAUAUUACACUAGUUCAGCAUUAGAAUCAUUUCGUUUUAGUGCUGAUGUUCCUCUUUCCCUCACUUGAUCUCUGUUGAAACCGGGUCUUGGAAACAAUAGUUUACUUGCUGAAGGCUGACUUAUCUCCUUCCGAGAUACUGUAGUACGAAAACACAGCCAAGUACAGAUAUAUUUCAUUUUGGAAAGCAAUGGGUGAACUUGCUAAUACCAGGAACUCCCAGGAAAUAUUUUGGAUUGAAAACAACUGAUGUGGAUCUCUAAAAUAAACUUGGUUUGUACAGAUGUGAAACUUGAGAUUUCCAGAGACUUAAAAAAAUCUCUUCUGGAAGGAUUCUCAAGUGAUUCAGAACUAGUUUAAAGAUGAACAAGGAGGGAGGAAUCCAAAGUGGUGUAUGUUGCAUCUUUCCACAGUGACCUGCACUGUUACCAUCUCCAGCCCCUGACUCCACUUUGCUGUUGCCUCCCAGAAACCAGCAACAUCAGUCCAAAGUCAAGCAACUCCUGAGACGAUUCCACCGUUGGCAAAAAUAGACUCUUUGGCAUCCAUCAAACCUACUUGGAGGUUAUGGAUGGGGCCCAGUUGUCCAUCUUUAAAACAAAAAAGAGGCCACUUGUCAAAUGGGUGGAGAAAGAAGAAGAGCCUUAAAAACCAACACUUGGUUGCAUGCUUUUUUCAGGCCACAUACCUCUACACUUUUACCUGUAAGGAAGUCCUAUGGGAUUGAAAGUGGGCUUGCGUCUGGGUAAAUGCAUGUAGAAACAGCACUGUUGUUAGUCUCAUGUGUGGGCAUUGAAACUCACGUAUUUUAAAAACCGAGGUAUUUCUAAGCUAAUUUAUUUGGGGUGUGAGGACCAGAAGAAAGUGGUUUAUGGGUGAUUUGGGGUUGUUGUUGUUGUUUUGAAAAAGCAGCAUUAGAAUUAGGAGGGGAAACGUUUCCAGACCAAGCUACCACUUCAUAAGACGUCACAUCGCUCUUUUCCUCUUUGGUGUUUUCUGUGGAAAGAGGGAGAAAAAGACAGAGCGGUGAAGAAAUAAGGGUUGCAAAGGGAAGAAUCCCACAGAGGAAGUAUGAUUGUGUCAUAAAGGAAGGAGGCAGGGUGAUUGUGUAAUAAAGUCAUCAUGUAGAAGUCCUAAGACAGACAGAAAGGAAUAUACAGAGGGGGGAUUUUGGUGGCAAAAUUGUAUGGAACAAGAAAAGCUGUCAGCAGAAUGGAUCAGCCUCCCCAAAAAUGGAAGCCAAAAUCUGUACAAUGUCUUAAUUACAAACAACUCUUUAAUCUGCUAAUGAUCACUCUCCUGUCUUACUACAUGGUGUGUGUAUUUGCGUGUGUUUGUGUGUGAGAGAGAGUGAAGUCUGGGUCAUUUUUAGUUGUCAAAAACUUGACAAUCUUCAGUUCAGAAACACAAGUUUCCGAAAGGUUCAGAAAACUUUAUUCAGCAACUCAAGAUGUUCACGGCAUCAACUAUAUUGUCAAGACUGAAGCAGUUUG